UCACCUGCCGGGGGCUUCUCUCACCGGGACUCGGGACUCCCGGGAAGCGGACUGGCAGAGGAGGGGGCAAGCUAGCUGUCGUUCCGGACCGAGUCGGAGACCCCUGCGUGAGGCGGCAUCUCAGGGCUGGGUGGUCUGGCAAGCCGACGCGGCGGCGGCGGAGGCUGUGAGGAGUGUGUCGGGGCAGGGGCCGGCACAGAGGCAGGCACAGGGAAACCAUGGCCCCACAAAACCUGAGUACCUUCUGCCUGUUGCUGCUGUACUUUAUCGGGGCCGUGAUCGCCGGUCGAGAUUUCUAUAAGAUCUUGGGGGUGCCUCGCAGUGCCUCUAUAAAGGAUAUUAAAAAGGCCUACAGGAAACUAGCCCUGCAGCUUCAUCCUGACCGGAACCCUGAUGAUCCUCGAGCUCAGGAGAAAUUCCAGGAUCUGGGUGCCGCUUAUGAGGUUCUAUCUGAUAGUGAGAAACGGAAACAAUAUGAUACUUACGGUGAAGAGGGAUUAAAAGACGGUCAUCAGAGCUCCCAUGGAGACAUUUUUUCACAGUAUGUAGUUAGAAACAAACCUGUGGCAAGGCAGGCUCCUGGCAAACGGAAAUGCAACUGUCGGCAAGAGAUGCGGACCACCCAGCUGGGCCCAGGGCGCUUCCAGAUGACCCAGGAAGUGGUCUGCGAUGAGUGCCCUAAUGUCAAACUAGUGAAUGAAGAACGAACACUGGAGGUAGAAAUAGAGCCUGGGGUGAGAGAUGGCAUGGAGUACCCCUUUAUUGGAGAAGGCGAGCCUCACGUGGAUGGAGAACCAGGAGACUUACGCUUCCGAAUCAAAGUUGUCAAGCACCCAAUAUUUGAAAGGAGAGGAGACGAUUUAUACACAAACGUGACAAUCUCACUAGUUGAGUCUCUGGUGGGCUUUGACAUGGAUAUUACCCACUUGGAUGGUCACAAGGUGCACGUUUCCCGGGAUAAGAUCACCAGACCGGGAGCCAAGCUAUGGAAGAAAGGGGAGGGGCUCCCCAACUUUGACAACAACAACAUCAAAGGCUCUUUGAUAAUCACUUUUGAUGUGGAUUUUCCGAAAGAACAGUUAACAGAGGAAGCAAGAGAAGGCAUCAAACAGCUACUGAAACAGGGAUCAGUGCAGAAGGUAUACAACGGACUGCAAGGAUAUUAAGAGUGAAUAAAAUUGGACUUUGUUUAAAAUAAGCGAAUCAGCGAUAUUUAUUAUCUGCAGGAGUUUUUUUGUGUGUGCUUUUAUUUUCAAUAUGCAAGUUUGGCUUAAUUUUUUCUUCUUCUAAUGAUCAUUAUGAAAUGAGUAAGAGGGCUUAAGAAUGUGUCCAUUUUUGUUCAGAAAAGAAUGGCCAGCAAAAGGUUUAAUAAUACCUCUCCCUUUGGGGAUUUAAUGUCUGGUGCUGCCGCCUGAGUUUCAAGAAUUAAAGCUGCAAGAGGACUCCAGGAGCAAAAGAAACACAAUAUAAAGGGUUGGAGUUAAUUGGUAGCUAUUUCAUUCAAAAUGCCAACUGGAGAAGUCUGUUUUUAAAUACAUUUUGUUGUUAUUUUUUCUUGACUCUUA